CGGCUCCGUAGUAAGCAUGGCGGCGGCGGCGUUCGUGGUCCCUCGGGUGAAACAGAAAGCGGGAGCUACUCGGAGAGGGAGCGAAGAGCGGGGCUGAGGCGGCGCCGUCACUGCCGGGAAACACCUCCACAGUCAGCGCGCCAACGGCCACGGCGAGCCCGAGAGCUGGCUGUGCCGCUGAGGUAGAGCGAGAACGAUCAGGACCCCGAGGGAGAGGCGCCGGGGGAGCCGCCUUCCUCUGCCUCAGAGCGGCGUGAGUCGGAGAACUUGCUGAAUACCCGUGGCAAAGCUUGGUAUACUUGCCUUGUUCCUGAUCUUGGAGUAAAAGCUUUCAGUCUUUGACUGUUGAAUGUGACCUUCCUGUGGGUUUUCAUCUAUGGCCUUUAUUAUGUUGAGAGUUGGAACAUUAUCCAGUAUAUUAAUGUCUUAUUGAUAAUGGCAGAACAUCCACCGCUAUUGGAUACAACUCAGAUUUUAAGCAGUGAUAUUUCUCUUCUGUCUGCCCCUAUUGUAAGUGCAGAUGGAACACAACAGGUUAUUUUGGUACAAGUUAACCCAGGGGAAGCAUUUACAAUAAGAAGAGAAGAUGGACAGUUUCAGUGCAUUACAGGUCCUGCUCAGGUUCCAAUGAUGUCCCCAAAUGGUUCUGUGCCUCCUAUUUAUGUGCCUCCUGGAUACGCCCCACAGGUUAUUGAAGACAAUGGUGUUCGAAGAGUUGUUGUGGUUCCUCAGGCACCAGAGUUUCACCCUGGUGGUCACACAGUCAUUCACCGUUCUUCACACCCUCCCCUGCCUGGUUUCAUUCCUGUCCCAACCAUGAUGCCCCCUCCACCACGUCAUAUGUACUCACCAGUGACUGGAGCUGGAGAUAUGGCCACACAGUAUAUGCCACAGUAUCAGUCUUCACAAGUAUAUGGAGAUGUAGAUGCUCACUCUACACAUGGAAGAUCCAACUUUAGAGAUGAAAGAUCUAGUAAAACGUAUGAACGUUUGCAGAAAAAAUUAAAGGAUCGCCAAGGAACACAGAAAGAUAAAAUGAGCAGUCCACCAUCAUCACCCCAGAAAUGCCCUUCUCCCACAAAUGAACAUAAUGGACUUAUAAAAGGGCAGAAUGCUAGUGGUAUAAACACAGGAUCAGCAAAAAACAAAUCAGGGAAGGGGAAAGGAGGUACACAAGUUGACAUAGAAAUUGAAGAAAAAGAUGAAGAAACUAAGGCACUUGAAGCACUUCUUUCCAACAUUAUCAAACCGGUGGCCUCAGACAUCCAGGCAAGGACAGUAGUACUUACCUGGUCCCCACCCUCCAGCUUCGUGAAUGGUGAAACAGAUGAAUCUACUGUACCAGAGCUCUAUGGCUACGAAGUUCUGGUCUCAAAUACUGGAAAAGAUGGGAAGUACAAAAGUGUCUAUGUAGGAGAAGAAACAAGCAUCACUUUAAAUGAUCUCAAGCCAGCCGCAGAUUACCACGCAAAAGUCCAGGCAGAAUACAAUUCUAUAAAGGGAACUCCUUCAGAAGCUGAAAGCUUUACUACCUUGAGCUGUGAACCUGAUACACCUAAUCCACCAAGGAUAGCCAAUCGGACCAAAAAUUCACUCACUUUGCAGUGGAAGGCACCAAGUGACAAUGGUUCAAAAAUCCAAAGCUUUAUUUUAGAAUGGGAUGAGGGAAAAGGAAAUGGAGAAUUUUAUCAGUGCUACAUGGGUUCACAGAAACAAUUUAAAAUUACUAAACUGUCACCAGCAAUGGGCUGUAAAUUUAGAUUAUCUGCCAAAAAUGACUAUGGUACAAGUGGUUUUAGUGAAGAAGUCUUGUAUUACACCUCAGGUUGUGCCCCUUCUACACCAGCAAGUCCUGUGUUAACAAAGGCUGGAGUUACUUGGUUAUCCUUACAAUGGAGUAAACCCUCAGGAACACCAUCAGAUGAAGGAAUUUCUUACAUUUUAGAGAUGGAGGAAGAAACUUCAGGAUAUGGUUUUAAGCCCAAAUACGAUGGAGAAGAUCUUGCUUACACAGUGAAAAAUCUCAGACGUAGUACUAAAUAUAAAUUUAAGGUUAUUGCUUACAAUUCGGAAGGCAAAAGUAAUCCGAGUGAAGUAGUAGAAUUUACUACCUGCCCUGAUAAACCAGGAGUACCUGUUAAGCCUUCAGUUAAAGGAAAGAUCCACUCUCACAGUUUUAAAAUUACUUGGGAUCCACCAAAAGAUAGCGGAGGGGCAGCCAUUAAUAAAUACGUAGUGGAAAUGGCAGAAGGUUCUAAUGGAAACAAAUGGGAUAUGAUAUACAGUGGCCCUACCAGGGAACAUCUCUGCGAGCGUCUGAAUCCUGGCUGUUUCUACCGUUUGCGGGUUUACUGCAUCAGCGAUGGAGGACAGAGUGCGGUCUCUGAAUCUUUGCUGGUGCAGACGCCAGCUGUGCCUCCUGGCCCAUGCCUCCCUCCCAGAUUACAGGGUAGACCCAAAGCAAAAGAAAUACAGUUACGAUGGGUACCCCCUCUGGCUGAUGGUGGAUCACCCAUUUCCUGUUAUGGUGUGGAAAUGUGUCCUGUAGAAAAAGACGAACCCAGAGACAUUUAUCAAGGUACUGAAUUAGAAUGUACAGUGAGCAACCUUCUUCCUGGGAAGACAUACAGCUUCAGACUGCAUGCUGCUAACAAAAUGGGGUUUGGACCAUUUUCAGAAAAAUAUGAUGUUACUACAGCCCCUGGGCCACCAGAUCAGUGUAAACCCCCCCAAGUGACAUGCAGAUCUGCAACGUGUGCACAAGUGAAUUGGGAGGUUCCUUUGAGUAAUGGAACAGACGUCACUGAAUAUCGAUUGGAGUGGGGAGGAGUUGAAGGAAGUAUGCAGAUAUGUUACUGUGGGCCUGGUCUUAGUUAUGAAUUAAAAGGACUUUCACCAGCAACUACAUAUUAUUGCAGAGUCCAGGCUCUGAGUGCUGUGGGUGCAGGCCCUUUCAGUGAAGUGGUAGCCUGUGUGACUCCGCCAUCAGUUCCUGCUAUUGUGACUUGUCUUCAAGAAAUAAGUGAUGAUGAUGAUAUAGAAGAUCCUCAUUAUUCCCCUUCUACAUGCCUUGCAAUAAGCUGGGAAAGGCCUUGUGACCAUGGUUCAGAAAUCCUUGCCUACAGCAUAGACUUUGGAGAUAAACAGCCCUUGACAGUGGGAAAGGUCACGAGCUAUAUUAUAGACAAUUUGCAACCAGACACAACAUACAGAAUACGAAUUCAAGCCUUGAAUAGCCUUGGAGCUGGUCCGUUCAGCCAUAUGAUAAAGUUAAAAACUAAGCCACUCCCUCCUGAUCCACCUCGUCUGGAAUGCGUUGCCUUUAGCCACCAGAACCUUAAGCUGAAAUGGGGAGAGGGAACCCCAAAGAUACUGUCAGCAGAUUCUAUUCAGUACCACCUUCAGAUGGAGGACAAAAAUGGAAGGUUUGUAUCCUUAUACAGAGGACCGUGUCAUACAUACAAAGUACAGAGACUUAAUGAGUCCACCUCCUAUAAAUUCUGUAUUCAAGCCUGUAAUGAAGCUGGAGAAGGUCCCCUCUCUCAAGAAUAUAUUUUUACUACUCCGAAAUCUGUCCCAGCUGCCUUGAAAGCCCCCAAAAUAGAGAAAAUAAACGAUCACAUUUGUGAAAUUACAUGGGAAUGUUUACAGCCAAUGAAAGGUGAUCCAGUGAUUUACAGUCUUCAAGUUAUGGUGGGAAAAGAUUCGGAAUUCAAACAGCUUUACAAAGGUCCCGACUCCUCAUUUCGGUAUUCCAGUCUUCAGCUGAACUGUGAAUACCGCUUCCGUGUGUGCGCCGUCCGCCAGUGCCAAGACCCUGUGGGGCACCAGGAUCUCAUUGGUCCCUACAGCACCACCGUUCUCUUCGUCUCUCAGAGGACUGAGCCACCAGCCAGCACCAACAGAGACACUGUGGAAAGCACGAGGGCCCGGCGGGCGCUCACCGACGAGCAGUGUGCGGCCCUCAUCCUUGUGCUGUUCGCUUUCUUUUCCAUUUUGAUUGCCUUUAUCAUUCAGUACUUUGUAAUCAAGUGAAAAUACAACUUUAUUUUUUAAUGCUGUAUUACAUUUUAUUUUGUCAUGUACUAAAAUUAUUUCUGUAUUGCUUUUACAAAAACAGUGGCAUUCAGCACUGGCAUUGAGACUAUAGCACAUCAUUUCCGCCAUUUUCAGUGCUUAUAUUGUUAGGUAGAGGCUGGCACUUUAUUAGAAUGCAAGCCACAGAAGUAUCAAAUUUGGGGGGUUUGUUUGGUUGGGACUUUUUUUUUCCUCCCCCCUUCCCUUUUUUCUCGAUAGGCCUUCUUGUGGAGCAAACUUUUUAAGAGGAAACAAUUUAUAAUUGAUAUUCUGACCAGUCAGCAUGAGUGUAAUAACCUGAUCUGUUUCUUUUAAAAUUAUUAGCAAGUAAAAAAUUCAGAACGACCAGAAUUUACACUAAUACCCUCUAUGAAAAUGUUAAAGUCGGCUGCUGUGAAAGCAAUCUAGUGCUAUAUUUCUACCUCCUCAUUUGUCUUAAUUAUUUGGUAAGUGGGAUUAUGAUGAGUGACUGGAGGGGCUUAGCAAACAAAAACUGGAUGAAAGAAUAUGCAUGGACAAAAGCCUCUUGUCUGAUAAAUGUGGAGUUCUUCAUUACAAGUAUAUAUUCAUGAAUCCACAGAGAAGUCAUUUAAAGAAAGCACAGACAGCUUAUUUGGCCUAAAAAUAUUUUAACGUUUACUCAAAAAGUAACUUUUCAGGUCUCAAGGACAUGGAAAAGAACAGAGGACUUUUAGAUAGUUACUUUUUAAAAAGUAAUCAUAAAAAUCAACUGAAUUUCAAGUCUAUUUGGCCUCCUGUGAGCCUUUGAACUAUUCAUAUAUAUGUAUGUGUGUAAGGACAUGCACAUGUAUAACACACACGGCUCACUCCCUCUGUCUAGCGUGGGCUUAUUUUGAAGAACUCCAGCAAGUUUUUGCUGCUUCUCCCAUAACUACUGCCAUCACCAUCAGAAUUCAUAAUCAAACCUAACCUUUUUGUUUGGGGCACCAAAUCUGAAGACAAACUAAUUUGCACCAGUAAAUUUCAAGCUGCUUUCUUUCUUAAAAAACUAAUGUUUAAUGUAUAAUGUCUGUUUGGAUACUGUUCCAAAUUGUUGAUUGCAUGUGGUUAAUGUUGCAUUAGAGCACUUUGCAAUUGCGUAAUCAUCAAUGUUUUCGUGAGCUUGCGUUUGUGAGUUAUUGGAUGAUCAGACUGAAUCUUGUCAAGCAUCACAAUGUACAUCUUGCCUAGAUGUCAGUGACUGCCAGUGGUAAAACAGUUUGUAAUGAAACUAUCUAAAAUUCUUGUUUUAUCAUACCUGUUAUCUAUAAAACACCUGUAACUAGCUUUUUAAUUUAUUUGAAUUUUAGGAUAGUGAAUCACUAAUUUUUAGUUGCCGAGGUUAGCGUUUUAGUGAUUACUAAGCACUUCUGUCAGUCCUUGAAAAAAGGAAUGUAUGUUUUGUGCUUUGAAAAUCUCUGAAGAAUUUCCCUUAUAAUAGAAUGGGCAUGUAGUGUAAUUGUUUUAUGUCAAAUGAUCUGUGCUAUAGAAAAAACAUUAACCUUUGUUCAAAAAAGAAAUGGAUAAACUUGGCCUUUCUGAGUGGUAAGAAUGACCUGUCACUAUAAUAUAUUGUAUGUUUACAUUUUAUUUAAAUCUGAUCUCUUAUGUAUAGGGUAAUGACCUUCCCCCAAAACAACAGUGAUUGUGUUUGUUUUCUAGAAACUUCUCUAAAGUGCCACGUUUGGCAGUACAAAAGGGUUUUGAGUGUAAUAGCCAGAGAUUUCUAUAUGGUCGAAUGUCUAAAAUGGUUAAAUGUGCCACUGUGUCGAGUUACAGCGGCUUGUGUUUUUCAUAGUAAUCAAAUGAACUUCCUAUUUUUGAUAGUAAAUGUCAUUUAAUAGUGUACUUGCCAUUUGAGCCUCACUGCAAAAUUAGUGCAGAGGAGAAAACAAUUUUUAAUGUAAUCUUGAUUUUACCUCAUAUACUGUACAUUCCAAAAACUCUAAACUUUUUAAAGAUUAUAGAUACACUACCAAGCAUAUCACCUUGAAAUUGUAUAUGGUUGAACUUCAUACAAAUGAAAAAGUAUCUCAUAAAAAUACAUAAACUAUGUAGCAAAGCAUCUUUAAAAUCCAUGGAAAAUAAAAGUUGUAUCUUUUUUUUGA